AUGACUGCAUUGCAAUGGGCAUCAUUACAAGGGCACCACAGAACUCGACUACUGGACAAGGAAGCUGAUGUCAAUGUUCAGGGUGGGAAAUAUGGCAAUGCUCUCCUGGCGGCUGUUCAAACAGGAUAUCUUGAGUUCGUUCAGCGACUACUAGAUAAGGGAGCCAAUGCCAAUUCUACAGGUAUAAUUCGUGGCAAUGUUCCCCGGGCUACACCUGACGGAGGAGAUCAGACUUGCUAG